ACGUAUACGUUAGUGUACAAACUACAAGAUCCAAACUAUUUUAAAUGAUAAUCUGUAUACCUGAAAACCUGUUGGGAAUUAAAAAAAAACCAUUACUCGUAAAUUCAUUAGAGAAGAUUAAGAUAAGCCUAAGAUUUAAAAUAGUACACUUACAGGUUGUUUGAUAACAUCGUAUUACUUAUAAGGAUUUUGAUUUAUUGCUUACUCUACAGUUAAGCAAUAUCAUAAAAUAUGGAACUACUAGAUGUAAUGAAAAAUUUAACUAUUAAAAAUGUUGCUACUGAAAGUAAUCAAAACUUUUUUAAGUCAAUUGCUGCAGAUAUAGACGAAGUACCAACUGAAAUUGUUUAUGCAGAUUAUUCAGAUAAAAUAAUGCUCAUUAUUUCACAAUACCAAAAAAUUGGCAGUUUGUUAAUGAUUCAAAAGGAACAAGUGCAUAGCCCUUUAGGUUCAAAUGACAUUUAUACAACAAAAGUAAUUUUUGGUGCUUCAGGAGAAGAACAGCAAGUUGCAGCAAGACAUCUGGCUGAAGCAAUUGACAUAUGUAAACCACUUUGUAUAUUCAUUAACCUUAAAUCAUAUGACAUUGAGACAGUCAAAGCUUGUAAAGAUAUCAUUCUUGACUUGAAGAAGGAGGAAAAGUAACAAUGUCUUUGGUAAGAAAAACGAAUUUCAAAAAUGUUAAUAAAUUGUAUGGACAAUUAAUCAUAGGACCACCUGGUGCUGGCAAAACAACAUACUGCAAUGAAAUGUCAAAGCUAUUAAGAAAACUUGGAAGAAAAACAAUGAUUGUCAAUCUGGAUCCAGCUAAUGAUUACAUUACUUAUGAACCCGAUAUUGACAUACGAAAUUUAAUAAGUUUGGAAAAUGUUAUGGAAGAACACAAUUUGGGUCCUAAUGGUGCACUGCUGUACUGUAUGGAAUAUUUAGACAAAAAUAUUGAAUGGCUUAUAGAGCAACUAAGAGAUGAGCAUGCUGCAAAUUAUAUAUUUGAUUUACCUGGUCAGGUUGAGCUUUACAGUCAUCAUGAGUCAUUAACAAAUAUUUUCUCAAAAUUAGCUAACACUGCAAACUUACAGCUUUGUGUGAUACAUCUUGUUGAUUCACAUCACUGUUCUGAUGCUGCAAAAUUUAUUUCAGCUUUAAUGUUGUCUUUAAAUGCUAUGUUGAAACUAGGCCUUCCUCACAUUAAUUUACUUACUAAAGUAGAUUUACUAAAAAAACAUUCUGAUAAAUUGCAAUUUGGUAUAGAUUUCUAUACUGAAGUUUUAGACUUAAAUUAUUUGUUGGACUCUUUAGACACUGAUCACUUUGCCAGCAAAUAUACAAAGUUAAACAGAGCCUUAGUGUCAAUAAUAGAAGAUUACAGCUUGGUCACAUUUCAAUUAGUUAACAUGUUUAAAGAGGAAAGUUUAAUUAAAGUUAAGAACUCUGUGGAUAAAGCUAAUGGCUAUGUUUUUAAAGCAGAUGAAGGUCGCCAUAUAAACAGCUUGUUGGCCUGUGCUAUGGGCAUUCCAGAUAAAACUAGUGGUUAUGAUGUAUAGAUAGAAUAACAAAAACUAUCUAGAUGUAUUAUGAUAGAUUAUUUCCUAUGUAAUACCAACCCUCAUAAUAAAUAUUCAUGAACUUAGAGCCUAUUAUUGAGCCUUACAUCUGCUAUUUGAAGUGGCAAAUAGCAAAUUUUACUCGUCAUACAGUACUUUUUUAAGACCAUAUAAGUGUACGGCAAUGUGUAGUGGCAAUGUAAAUGCUAUAAAUUUUGUGUAAGAUUUUCUUACUGUACUUUAUAUAAUAGGGUAUUAAACUUUUAUGUUU